AUGGGAAAGCUCAACUUCACGGCUCUCCAGGUCCGGAGAACGGCCAUUGCACAGCAAAGGGCAGGCAAAACCUCAAAGCUACCAUGCUGGAUUGAUAUUAUGGAGAGAAUCCCCCCAUCGAGCGUGUUGGUGCGAAACCUACCACAACAGCAUCCUCUUACCAGAGAGAGAAUGAAGACGCUACCUGGAAAGACGGAGCCCCGGAGCGUCAUCGAAACUCGCCCUACCCGCCGUACAAAGUCUAAGAAGCCCAGUCGCAUGUUCCAACCGGUAAAAAUGGAGUUCGAGGAAGACCAGCUACGAAGAGAAUUUUAUCGUGACCACCCAUGGGAACUUGCGCGGCCGAGAGUGGUAUUGGAGAACGACGGAAAGGACCACAUGCGGUAUAACUGGGAGAGCCUGCAACAGAAUAGGAAACGUGUGGAUGGAGAAAGUGUUGUUCAGAGACAGUUGCAUCUUCUCAAUACGGUACCGGACAUCACCAAGGAGCAAGCUUACGAUAUUGCUCGCCGUGAAUUUUACAAACUUCGACUCCAGGAGGACGUCGAAAGGAGAAUUGCUCAAGAGGAGGCCAGAGCAACCGGUGCAUACUUCGGCCUAGACGCAAACACUAUCGGAAUGGAGCUCGAGAACCAAGAGUACGACCGCUGGAAGAAGUGGGCAGAGACUGAGAUUGUGCUGCAGCAGAGCAGCAGGGCAGCUUUCGCUGGCACAGAGAUUACAGAGGCAGAGGCUGAAUCAUCUAUGGCGGGCAAUGACCUGAGUGCUCCAGAAUCCAAGUUACUGGAAUCUAUCAAACCGCUUUAA